AUAUUAUCUCCUGGUUCUACAUAUGAGGAUGUUCGUGAAUUUCUUGGGGAGGCUUCACACAUGAAGCAGUUCAGUUGCAACCAUAUUGUUCGGCUUCUUGGAAUCGUUUCAAAGCAAGUUUUGAUACGUCGUCAGCCUAUUGUGGUGAUGGAACUUAUGCAGCACGGCGACUUGGCCACCUACCUUCGGCAUCGAAUGGCUCAAGAGGACUACUCUCAGGGCUCCGUGGCCCCUGACCUGGCUAUAAAGUGGGCUGCAGAGGUGGCAGACGGAAUGGCCUAUCUUGAACACAAGGGCUUUGUCCACCGGGAUCUCGCUGCUCGCAACUGCCUUGUCGGAAUCGGUCUCACUGUAAAGAUUGGAGAUUUUGGUUUAACGCGCGACAUAUCUGAACACCUGUACUACCGAAAACAGGGUCGAGCACGUCUUCCCGUUCGCUGGAUGGCCCCGGAAGCUCUUAACGAAGCCUACUUUACCUUCAAAUCUGAUGUUUGGUCUUAUGGUGUGGUACUUUGGGAGAUAGCUACCUUCGCUGCACUGCCCUUCUCAGGCUUAUCACACGAAGAAGUUAUCGCAUUGGUCGUAAACGGUGGGCACCUUGGGAAACAGGGAUGGCCCUCCAAAUUUCCACCUAUCUUGUAA